GGGAAGGAGGCUCUCUGCUUCUCCUACUGCUCCCGCCGACGGCACGAGGAAGAGGACAGCGGCGCAGCCACGACGCCACUGUUUCUCAUGACGCCCCACCUCCUGGCUGCAUCCGCCGCCGUCGGGCUCAUGACCGGCCUCGACGACCUCCUCUACGCCUACGGCCUGGUCUACCUCCCGGUGUCCACCUCCUCCAUCCUCAUCUCCACGCAGCUGGCCUUCACGGCCGCGUUCGCGCUGCUGCUCGUGCGCCAGAGGUUCACAGCGUUCUCGGUGAACGCCGUCGUGUUGCUCAGCAUCGGCGCCGCCAUGCUGGGGAUGAACGUCGGGGAGGGGGGGACCGGCUGGCGGGGGUGUCGUGCGCAGUACUGCGCCGGGUUCGCCGUGACGCUCGGUGCCGUGGUGCUGUACGCGCUGGUGCUCCCCGUCAUGGAGCUCAGCCAAGCACUGUACGGUUUAACUCCAAUUUAAUCACAAGCCUACAAUACUUAGAACUAAAAAACAAUGGUGGUGGGGAAUUGAACUAUAAAAUAUCUAGAUUUGUUUUAACUUAACUUUUAAAUAUGUAGUUUUGCGAUACUUCACAUUAAAUUCAUAGUAUUAUUGUAAAAUUGAUGUUAGUUUCGUAGUUCUGUGAUUUAACACUUUAAGCGUGUAGUUUUCUGAUAAUUUGGUUUAA